UGCACCAGAACCCUUCAGCUUCCACACCUGUCGACUCCUUCCUUUCCCUACCACGACGUAGUUUCGGGCCGUGGAACUAAAUUAUGUCUCAGCAACUACCAAUACGGUUUAAUGAAAUUUGCUCUCUCAGUCAGGCUAAUAUUCAGCCGUCGUCCUUCGUGUCGACGAGCUUGACGCUCCAGUCUGAUCAUUACGUUUGUGUACGCGAUCAAGUUAACGGCACUCAACAGGUCGUGAUUGUGAAUUUAAAAGAUCCCACAGAUGUUCUUAGACGGCCUAUCUCUGCAGACUCAGCAGUUCUGCAUCCCAAACGGAAAAUUAUCGCCCUGAGGGCUCAGCGUCAGCUGCAAGUCUUCGACUUGGAUGCCAAGAGCAAAAUUAACAGCCAUAUUAUGCCUCAGGAUGUUGUAUACUGGACAUGGAUUAAUGACAAUACACUGGGUAUCGUGACAGAAACGUCCGUUUACCACUGGAGUUUGGCCGGCGGUGCUCCUUUCAAGGUAUUUGACCGUCAUAGCUCGUUAAACGGCUCCCAAAUCAUUUCGUACAAAAGCAACUACAACGAGAAGUGGUUUACCUUAAUUGGUAUCUCUCCUCGCGACAACAGGAUCGUCGGUAACAUGCAAUUGUUCUCUCAAGACCGCCAAGUGAGUCAGCCACUCGAGUGUCAUGCCUCAGCAUUCGGUGUCAUCCGUCCUGAGGGUUAUGCGAACGAUGUUCAAGUUCUUGCCUUCGCCAACCGCAUUCCAAAUGGCGCAAAGCUGAGUGUCGUUGAGAUUGACCGCAAACCCGGUCAACCGGCAUUCACUACGAAGACUGUUGACGUAUUCUUCCCCCCAGAGGCCGUGAAUGAUUUCCCUGUUGGCAUGCAGGUCGGCCCCCGUUACGGUGUCGUGUACGUUAUCACCAAGUACGGUUUCAUUCAUGUUUAUGAUCUCGAGGAGGCCAAGUGCAUCUUCAUGAACAGAAUAUCUGGUGAGGGUGUUUUUGUCACUGCUCCCGAUGAGGAGACUGACGGUGUGAUCGCUGUCAACCGUAAAGGCCAAGUUUUCAGCGUUUCCGUUAAUCCUGAUACUGUCAUUCCUUAUAUUAUUAGUAAGCUUAACGACCCUACUCUGGCUUCCCUCCUUGCCUCGCGCGCCGAUCUCCCUGGUGCUGAUGACCUCUACAUCAAACGUUUCCAAACGCUCUUUAAUCAAGGUAAUUACGCCGAAGCUGCCAAGGUUGCCGCUUCCUCUCCUCGCGGCAUCCUUCGCACCUCGCAAAUCAUCAACCAAUUUAAGCAUCUCCCCACCGUCCCUGGUCAAAUUGCUCCCAUUCUCCAGUAUUUUGGUACCCUUCUCGACAAAGGACCUUUGAACGAGCACGAGACUUUGGAGCUUGCGCGUCCUGUAAUUUUCCAGAACCGUAUCCAACUUUUGGAGAAAUGGUACGGCGAAGACAAAUUGGCCUGCACUGAGGCACUUGGUGACCUUGUGCGUCCUAUCAAUGCCAACUUUGCUUUGACUGUUUACGAACGUGCUGGCGCCAGCGACAAGGUUGUCUCCUGUCUUGCAGAGCUCGGUCAGUUCGACAAGCUUGUUACUUACUGCUCCGAAAAGCAAAUCACUCCUGAUUACAUUUCCAUUCUGCAACAACUUGUGCGCACGAACCCCGACCAAGCUGCCACCUUUGCUUCCCAAAUUGCCGUCAUGGAUCCCUCCAUUGAUGCCGAAAAGAUUGUUGACAUUUUCAUGUCCCAAAAUCUUUUCCAACAAGCUACCGCUUUCCUUUUGGACGCUUUGAAAGAUGACAAGCCAGAGCAAGCUCAUCUUCAAACUCGUUUGCUUGAGCUGAAUCUGCUGAACGCUCCACAAGUUGCAGAUGCGAUUUUGGGCAACCAAAUGUUCAGUCACUUUGAUCGUGCUACUGUCGCUUCGUUGUGCGAACGUGCUGGCUUGGUUCAGCGUGCUUUGGAGUUUUAUGAGAAGCCUGCCGACAUUAAGCGUGUCAUUGUUCACACCAACUUACUUAACCCUGAGUGGUUGGUGAAUCACUUCAGCAACUUCCCUCCCGAUGACUCUCUGGAGUACAUGCGUGAAAUGCUUCGCGCUAAUGUUCGCCAAAACCUCCAAAUUGUUGUGCAGAUCGCUACUCGCUACUCUGAUGUUUUGGGUCCUCAACGUCUUAUUGAGAUGUUUGAGAAGUACAAGACGUUUGAGGGUCUGUACUACUAUCUUGGCAGUAUUGUCAACUUGACAUCGGAUGCUGAUGUGGUCUUUAAGUACAUUCAAGCCGCCUGCCUGAUCGGCCAAUUCAAGGAGGUGGAGCGCAUUUGCAGAGACAACAAUGUCUACAAUCCUGAGAAGGUCAGAAACUAUCUCAAGGAAGCCAAGCUUGCCGACCAACUUCCUCUCAUUAUUGUCUGCGACCGUUUCGAUUGUGUGAAUGAACUGGUCUUCUACCUUUACAAGAAUCAUCUUAUGCAAUUUAUUGAGAUCUACGUUCAGCGUGUUAAUCCCUCAAAGACACCUGCUGUUAUUGGUGCCUUGCUCGACGUCGACUGUGAUGAGACCGUUAUCCAGCAACUUCUUAGCUCGGUUCACGGUCAAAUUCCCGUGGACGAGCUAGUUGAAGAGGUGGAAAGCCGUAAUCAUCUCAAGUUGUUGCUCCCUUACUUGGAGUCUUUGUUGGCUGCUGGCAAUCAAGACCGUGCCAUCUACGAUGCUCUCGCAAAGAUCUACAUUGACUCGAACAACAAUCCCGAGACCUUCUUGAAGGACAACAAUCAGUAUGACACACUUACCGUUGGUAAAUACUGUGAGAAGCGUGAUCCUUACUUGGCAUUUAUUGCCUAUGAAAAGGGACAGAACGACAUGGAGUUGAUCAACUUGACCAACGAAAACAGUAUGUUCAAGCAACAGGCUCGCUAUCUCUUGAAGCGUUGCAACUCUGAUCUUUGGGGUUACGUUUUGCAAGACAGCAUUUACAGAAGACAAUUGUUGGACCAAGUAAUUAUUACUGCCGUUCCCGAGUCUUCUGACCCCGAAGCUGUUUCCAUUGUCGUUAAGGCUCUUAUGGACGCCGAUCUGCCUUCGCAACUCAUUGAGCUUUUGGAGAAAAUCAUUCUUCAACCCUCUCCCUUCCAAGACAACGCCAGUCUUCAAAACCUUCUCUUCCUCACAGCCAUCAAGGUCGACAAGUCUCGUAUUUCUGAUUACAUUGAGAGACUUGACAAGUACGAUGUUGAUGAAAUUGCUGAGAUUGCCGUAGAGAACGGUUUGUUUGAAGAGGCAUUCUCUAUGUACAAGAAAUUCAAUCAAAACGAAAACGCCAUGAAGGUUUUGGUUGAGGACAUUAUGAGCUUGGAUCGUGCUCAGAACUUUGCUGAAGAUAUUGACACCCCCGAGGUGUGGUCUCGUUUGGCUAAGGCUCAGUUGGAUGGACUUCGUAUUCCUGAUGCCAUCGACUCUUACAUUCGUGCUGCUGAUCCCAGUAACUACGCUGAGGUUAUUGAGCUUUCUCGUCGUGCUGGUAAGAAUGAGGAGCUGAUUAAAUUCCUGCGCAUGGCUAGAACCCAUAUGCAUGAGCCUGAUGUUGACAGUGCGUUGUUGGUCGCAUAUGCCAAGACCAAACAGCUUACUGAGAUGGAGACCUUCCUGAUGGGUUCCAAUGUUGCCGAUGUUGAAUCUGUUGGUGAUGAAUGCUAUGAAGAUGGUCAAUAUGAAGCCGCUAAAAUUAUGUACAGCAACAUCUCAAACUGGUCCAAGCUGGCCUCAACCCUCGUCCACUUGGGCGAGUACCAAAGUGCAGUUGAUUGCGCUCGCAAGGCCAACUCCAUUAAGGUCUGGAAGCAAGUUUGUAAGGCGUGUGUUGAUAAAAAGGAAUUCCGUCUUGCUCAAAUUUGUGGUUUGAACUUGGUGGUUCAUGCUGAAGAACUUGGUGAUCUUAUUCACCUCUAUGAAUCUCGUGGCUAUUUCGAAGAGAUUGUUUCUCUCAUGGAAGCAGGUCUUGGUUUGGAGCGUGCUCACAUGGCAUUUUACACGGAACUUGCCAUUUUGUACUCUAAGUACAAGCCUGAAAGUAUGAUGGACCACUUGAAGCUGUUCUGGGGUCGCUUGAACAUGGCCAAGGUUAUUCGUGCUUGUGAGCAGGCUGAAAUGUGGCAGGAAACCGUAUUUUUGUAUGUCCAUGACCAAAGCUUUGACAAUGCCGCCGAUGUUAUGAUGGAGCAACCCACUGCCUUCGACCACCAAUCCUUCAAGGAUAUCAUUAUCAAGGUCGCUAACCUUGAGCUGUAUUAUCGUGCACUUAACUUCUACCUUGAACAACAUCCUACGCUGUUGACUGACUUGCUUGCAGCUUUGACGCCCAAGAUCGAUCAUUCCCGUGUCGUUAGAUUGUUUGCCAAGUCUGAGAAUACUCCACUCAUCUUCAAUUACCUUACUGCCGUUCAACAUCUGAACAUUGAGGCCGUCAACCGUGCUUACAAUGAUAUUCUUGUCGAGAUGGAGGACUACAAGUCAUUGAACGUUUCCAUCGAAAGCUACGAUAAUUUUGAUGCUUUGAGCCUUGCUAAGCGUCUUGAGAAGCACAGCCUUCUUGAGUUCCGUCGCAUCGCUGCCAAGAUUUACAACAAAAACAAGCGCUGGGUGCAGUCUAUUGAGCUGUCGAAGCAAGACAAGUUCUACAAGGAUGCAAUUAACACCGCUAGAGACUCUGGUAAGGUUGACAUCGUUGAGGACCUUCUCAGCUACUUUGUCCAAACCGGAAAUUAUGAGUGCUUCGGUGCGAUGUUGUACACUUGUUACCACCUUCUUCGCAACGACCUUGUUAUGGAAAUCAGCUGGCGCCAUGGCCUUCAGGACUAUGCUCAACCCUACUUCAUUUGCUACCAAGCUGAGAUGCACAACAAGAUCAUGAGCUUGGAGAAGCAACUGAGCGAGCGUCAAGUGACUGAACCUGCAGCUGGUGAUGCAGAGGCACCCAUGGCUGGCAGCGGUAUUUUGGGUAACACUUUAAUGCUUACUAAUGGCAAUUUGGAGAACGGUAACACUGUUCCUCAAUCUAUGAGUAUGCCUCCCGUUGGUUUCGGUCUUUAAACCAUGGGGCUAACUCUUCCUAAUAUUUUAAAAUGACUCUAUUCAGAUGACUUGAUCUUUUUUAUUUCAGUUCUUUUCGCGGGAAAGAAUUACCUAUUGCUAUUUUGUGUUUGUUCCAUACGAAAUCUUAAAUUCCAGUAUCAACAA